AUACUCAAUACUGUCGCAGGAAUUCCUGAAUAAUUAUAUAAUUGUACAUUUAUUGUGAUUGUGUUACAGCCCCAGCAUUAAACAAUAUCAUUCAUACAUCUUGUUCUCCAAACAACUGGAACGUCACGGUAGACAUGGAAAAACUUAACUACAGAUUUCCAGGAUCGGUGUCGUCGGAUAUAUACCUGGGUGAUAAUACAUGUACAGGCAGACAGUCCGGUCAUCAACUGCUUCUUUAUCAUGACAUUCACGGUUGUUUAACAACAAAAACUGUGACGGACAAAGAAAUCAUGUUCACCAACCAGCUUGUUUAUGCCUUUCACGACCCUGAUUACUCUUUCAUCAUAAGGAGUUUUAAUUGGACAGUUGAUUUACACUGUCUAGUUCCAAGAGACCAAUUCGUUCACAGCAAUGUCACAUACACCAAUCAGAACAUUGACACCGCUAAUUCAAUACUUAAUACCAGUAGCACAUACAAUAUCAGUACUCUUUUUUUCUCCGACCCAAACUUCAUGACGACAAUAUCUGGAAAUCCAAUAAGAGUUCCAGUUGGUACAAAUGUGUUUGUUAAGUCAUUUAUCACUGACGUUGACUGGACAAUGAAGAUGAGGUUACAUACUUGUUACAUGACAAUACAAGGUGGAAAAUAUUAUCUCAUUAAAAACGGGUGUGAAGUAGACACAAAUACUCAUCUACUAUCACAGACUGAUCACGAGACGAAGUUUGUGUUUAAAGUAUUUGACACGACAAGUACACAUGAUGUUUCCGUCAAGUGUGAUGCCAUACUCUGUGACAUGUCAGAUGGUAAAUCGGCACAACAGUGUUCCCAGCAUUGUUCUUAAAUACAGAAAUAUGCAAUUGUGUGAUUAUUCCUAUUUGUAAUAAAGUGACUGUGUAGAAGUAAACUA